GGGAAGUGUGUGUGUGUCUGUGUGUGGAAUUGUGAUUGUUUGUGUGUAGUGCCUCUCCAGCGCCAAGGAACGGCUUGCUCAGUCAUUAUAAUCUGGAAAUCCCAAUUUUCUCCUUUUAGAGAGAGAAAAUCUUGGAUAGAGGAUUGUUGUAGGAGGAGAAAGAGAGAGAAGUUUUGGUCUUUUGUGCGUUCCAAUGGUUCAACUGGAAAUCCAAAGAAGGCUGUGAAAAAAAGAGAAUUUUUUUUUUAAUUUUUUGAUUAUUGAUGAUAUAAAUUUUUGUUUGUUUGUUAUGGAUAUGGAUGGGACUUUGAAGCUAUGAUCUUGUAAGCAUAGAAAGCGAUCUUCGAUGCAGUGAUCAGAUUGGCUGAUUCCGUCGUGUUUUCGGGGGCCGUUGAUUCGUUUUCCCGGGAAAUGAACGGUGGCGAUGAGGUAGUCGCAGCUCCGGCGGGUCCAACGCAACCGCUGGAGUGGAAAUUCUCUCAGGUUUUCGGCGAACGUACGGCCGGCGAAGAAGUUCAGGAAGUGGACAUAAUUUCUGCUAUUGAAUUUGACAAGUCUGGCGACCAUCUAGCAACUGGUGAUCGUGGUGGUCGGGUUGUUCUCUUUGAGAGAACUGAUACAAAAGAUCACGGUGGAUCAAGACAGGAUUUGGAGAGGAUGGACUAUCCUCUAAGUAGGCAUCCUGAAUUUCGUUACAAAACAGAGUUUCAGAGUCAUGAACCUGAGUUUGACUAUCUUAAGAGCUUGGAAAUAGAAGAGAAGAUCAACAAAAUUAGAUGGUGCCAAUCCGCUAAUGGUGCCCUGUUUCUUCUAUCCACAAAUGACAAAACCAUAAAGUUUUGGAAGGUAUGAAUAAAUGCUUGCCUGUGGUUC